CCAUUACGGUCACACCACAUUUCCACAUUUGUGCUCAGCAGGCUGAUGUAUCAUAGAAUCUAAGUUUCUCGAGUUCUAACUGAAAAUAGGACAACCAACGAUUCGUAUUUGCCAAAUUCGCAGCAGUGUUAAGUUUCAAAAAGUUCCACACUAAACACACAACCGCAAGGAGUCCGGCACGAUGGCGAUGACUCUGAACAUUGGCUCGGUGAAGCUGAACAAGUGGCAGCUGGCACUCAUCCUGGGAACUCCGUUGGCCAUCGGACUGGGCACCUAUGCGGUGAAACGGUGGACGGCUGCGCCCAAGGAGGUCGACGGGGAAAAGAAGCGGCCGAAGGCCAAGAUAGAGAAGCAGGCCAUCUCCUUGGACGGCACCGCACCCGACAAGGAGCUGGAGCGCAAGAAGAAAUCCGCCGAGCUGGGGGAGAAGCUGUCGCCUCUCAAGGAGGCCAACAACUACAAGACGGAGGGCAACAACUGCUAUAGGAACGGAAAGUACGACGAGGCCAUCAUCUUCUACGACAAGGCCAUUGACAAGUGCCCCAAGGAGCACCGCACAGACAUGGCUAUCUUCUACCAGAACCGCGCUGCAUCCUACGAGAUGCUCAAGAAGUGGUCCAAGGUUAAGGAGGACUGCUCCGCCUCGCUGGAGUUCAAUCCGCGCUACGCCAAGGCCUACUAUCGCCGCGCCCGUGCCCACGAGGCUACCAAGGAUAUGAAUGAGUGCCUGGACGAUGUUACCGCUACCUGUAUCCUGGAGAUGUUCCAGAACAAUCAGACCAUCAUGUUUGCGGACCGUGUGCUUAAGGAGACUGGACGCGUGGACGCCGAGAAGGGUAUGCGCAACCGAGUGCCCGUUGUGCCAUCGGCUUGCUUCGUAAACACCUACAUGCGUUCCUUCAUCGCGGAUCCCCUGCAGACCAUGUAUCUUCCGGCUGCAUCCGAGUCUGACGCACCACCAAGGGGUUUCCUGCGCGCCCACCGCGCUUUCCUCGAGGAAAAGUACGAGGACAUCAUUCCCGCCUGCACCGAAGAGAUCGAAUCCUCUGAGGCCGAGCCACAGUACAAAGUUGAGGCUCUGCUCAUGCGAGGAACUUUCCACCUCCUGUGCGGCUCCUACAUAGAAAGCCAGCAGGACUUCGAUGCUAUCUUGGCAAAUGCUGAUGCUGAUCCCAAUCUACGUGCAUACGCCUACAUAAAGAGAGCCGCUCUUUACAUCCAGCUCGAUCAGCGCGAAAAGGGUUUGGCCGACUUUGAGGAGGCGGAACGCCUGAAUCCUGAAAACCCGGACGUGUACCACCAGCGCGCCCAGAUUCUGCUACUGCUGGAGCAGAUUGAACCCGCUUUGGCCGAGUUCGACAAGGCGGUGCGCCUUGCGCCCAACCACGCCAUCGCCCUCGUCCAGAAGUGCUAUGCCGAGUACCGCCUGUCGCUUCUGGCCGGCGACCAGAGGCGUUUGGAGGGCGUGAUGCACACCUUCGAGCAGGCCAUUGAACGGUUCCCCAGCUGCGUUGAGUGCUACAGCCUAAUGGCCCAAGUUUUGGCCGAUCAGCAACAAUUUCCCCAGGCGCAGCAGUACUACGAGAAAGCCAUGAAGCUGGCGCCGACAAAUCCUGCUCUUAUCGUUCACCAGGCCAUCAUGGUGCUGCAGUGGCGCGGAGACAUUGAGGUGGCUGUCCAAUUGCUAAACAAGGCUAUCGAAGUGGAUCCCAAGUGCGAGCUGGCCUACGAAACGUUGGGAACUGUGGAAGUGCAGCGUGCGCAACUUAAGCGGGCAGUAGAACUCUUCGAAAAGGCACUGCUCUAUGCCAAAAGCCAGGCGGAGCUGGUGCAUGUCUACUCUCUGCGGAACGCGGCAGUGGCCCAAAUUAACGUUACUAAGAAGCUGGGCAUCGACAUGAACUCUGUCUCGGCCAUGGCCCAAUCCGGACUGAUGCCCCAAGGCGUCGUGUAGAUUAUCAACCUAUGAGGACUAGGAGAGCGAGAGCGGAGCAUUUAGCCAGACCACCACCAGCAGACCUACUCUAAUUAAGUUAAUAUCGACCAUACCUGUUAUUUAUAUAUAUAUAAAGCUUGUUUACGUUUAUGCUCCUAGCUAUAGCAUAGAAAUUGUCAUGUAUUAUGGUACAUAUGUAAUCUAGAAUCUGUUGCCUAAGGAAUCCACUAAGAAAAAACCAGUAACUUAUGUUUAAGCGUAAGAUUAAA